AUGGCAUCGGCAUACAGUGGCAACAGGUUCGCCGCCUUGGGCUCGGAAGAUGAGUGCGAGGAGCCUGACAGCAAGACCGACGCCAAGACGGACAUCCCGGCAAAAAGUGUGCCGAAGCGGAGAUCGAAGCGGAAGCGUAGCAAGGUGGAGUCGGGUGGCGAAGGUGCUGGAGCUGACCCUGCGCAUUCUGCCACAAGAUUGCCAAAGCGCAAGAGGAAGAAAGAGAAGCGACUCACCGAAGAGGACGGGACGGGAGACGUCGAAGCGGCUGCAAGCCACGGACAUGGCGAUGGCCAUGGACCGGCUUGCGAAGCGAAGGAGCCUGCGAAGGAGCCCCAAGUCGAAGGCUUGCUGCCCACCGGGACCACCAAGACGCUGCAGGGUGGGGUCACCAUCAAGGUGCUUCGGGCGGCCCCCGAGGGAGCACAACUCGCAACAAAGGGCUGCGAAGUGAAGCUCAUGUACGAGGGACGGCUGCCGGACAAGAACGGCCGACGGUUUGACGUCGGAGAGAUUGACUUCCUUCUUGGAGACGGCACCAUGCUGCCUGGUUUUGCCAUCGGUGUGGCCGGAAUGGGUGUCGGAGAGCGCCGACUCAUUCGUGUACCCUGGCGGCUUGGAUAUGGGAAGAAGGGGAAGAGGCCAAAGAUCCCUCCCAAGUCCGAUCUGGAUUUCGACGCGUCGCUGACCUUCUGCGGCAUUGACUGGAAGCGGCGUGUCAGCCACAAGCCUCCAGAGAUGUCGAACAAGCGACGCGAGGCUGCGAAGAGGCGCGGCAAGAAGCCGAGGCCCACAUAG